AUGACAUCCGAGGAACAUUUACCUACUAUUGAAGAACAAAUUAUAAAAGAAGAACAAAAGAGCCUUAAUUUAAAAGAAUGGGAUGCAAGAAUGGAGCUUGCACUAUUUAACGCGAUCUCUCGCUGCAAACCAGUUGGAAUUCAUAAGCAUUUUCGAAUUAUCAGUAUACAAAAACAGUUUAAUCAAAAUAAUCCUACGCCAUGCACGAUCCAGGAAAUUUGGGAUAAAUUAAAUGAAUUUUAUGGAAUGGAGGCCCUGGAUGAGCUGGCCGAAGAGGACGAUGAACAGGAAGAAAGAAGUGAAGACGCGAGACAUUUAUCUUUCCAAGAGUUUAGCUUACCCUUGGAGGACUAUGAUCAACUUAUAUCAGAACAUCGUCAAGACAAUAGAUCAGAAAGAGAAGAAUCACCCGGUUCACCGCCCACGAAAAGGACAAGAACAAGCCGACGAGAAAGAUCACCUACAAAUUCAGCUAAUGAAUCAACACCAGAACCAGACGAAGGCAAACCUUCAAGAAGGAGAGGUAUGAGGAAAUCAGAAGCAACACCAGAACCACCGACAGGACGUCAUUCAGUCAGUAUGACCGGUAGUCAUGGUAGCAAAAGGACAGCACGGUCAUCAGGUUCCAGCAGAGGGCCAGGCAAUAAGCGACAAACAAAUAAAAGAAAAUGA